CUAGUAAGCACAUCACAGCCAUCUAAUCACAAAGUGAAUAGGAUUAUUGGUAAUAUCUAAUUCCAUAAAAGCAUUUCUUGUCAGAGUUUCUACCACACAGUAAAAUGCUUGCGAAAUUAUAUCGGGAUUUCACAUAAAAACGUCUGCUGUACGGCCCGUGGUCAGCUUCUACACUACACCGACCUGAAAAGAGAGGCAUUACAGUUGACUCCGUUUCAAUUCCAGUAACAAAUCAAAGUUUUUUUGUUGCUUUUUGAAGAGAGAGAGUGCAAUGGAUUGGGGUGCUGUGGGUCGGCUUUGGGAAAAUUGGGUACUGCACAAUGUGGGCUCUUCAGGUCGACCACUUAAGGCGGCCCUUUUGAUUAAUUACGACCAAGCGGGGCCUUCUCGUCUGCUAUCCACCAUAUUGGUAUACUGUUGUACAAAUGGAUAUGCUGUAGUUUAUCUGAUCAAGCGUGCCGAGCAAGAGGGCAUAAAAGCCGAUCCAAUUGAAGUAAGUCAGUUUCUCAGCUUUGUUACGAGAAACAAACUCCAAAUGGGGAGCUUCUUUAUUGGGAGAAACCAAUAUCUUGUGACCUCGAUUCACGAGAGCUGGUUCUGUGCACGUUGUUUGAACACAACAAAGCAGGCCGGUGAAGGUGCUAUUGUAAUGCAGACAUCGGCUUUUCUAUUGGUUGGCAUAUAUGAGGGCUCGAUUGGACCUGCCUCUCGUGCGAUGGCUGCCGUUGAUCAGUUUUCGGGGCAGUUAACUCGAAGGAACCUUUGAAACUCAUCGAAUGAUCUUGAUAUAUAUUGCAUUUGGAAGGGAAACUGUUCAAUAGGUACAAAGGGAGACAUAUAUGAAUUUGGAAUACAUUAUAAUGUAAUGUGCUUUGGCUCAUUUUUAUGAUUCAAUUUUCAACCGUUUAUUUA